ACAGUAAACAUGGCUGAACGCGGUAGUGAAUCUCCGGUUGGUAAUGAAGUAAACCGUGUGUCUAAAUCAAGUGAACCAGACCUCAGAAGUGUCCUGGUUACAAGUGUGUUAAAUUUAGAGAAGCUCGACACCGACCUGUACAGAGGGACACACCACUGGGUCCCCCGCACUAAGCGGCUCUUCGGGGGCCAGAUUGUGGGACAGGCUCUCGUAGCUGCAGCCAAUUCAGUUGCUGAACACCUCUAUGCUCAUUCACUGCACUGCUACUUUGUCAGAGCAGGGGACCCGAAGGUGCCGGUGCUGUACCAGGUGGAGAGGACGCGCGACGGCCGCAGUUUUUGUGUGCGAUCGGUGAAGGCCAUCCAGCACGGUCAGCCCAUUCUCAUCCUCCAGGCAUCGUUUCACAUGCAGCAGCCCAGUCCUCUGGAGCACCAGUUCAGCAUGCCCAGCGUCCCUCCGCCAGACACUCUGCUGACCGUGGAGGAGCUCAUACAGCGCUUCCUCAGUAAACCGGAUCUGGCAGACAACACUCGGCAGGGUCUGAAUAAAAUACGAGCGGAUGAAGUUCCGAUAGAGAUCAAGCCAGUCAAUCCACCGGAUUUCUUCAGACGUGUUGCUAUGGAGGCAAAAACACUGAUCUGGGUGCGAGCCAGAGGAUAUAUAGGACCUGGCGAUAUGAAACUGCACCGCUGUGUGGCAGCGUAUGUGUCCGACUACGCUUUCCUGGGGACGGCGCUGUUACCGUACCCAAACUACAGGUCGCAGUUCUCAGCCUCUCUGGAUCACGCCAUGUGGUUUCACAGCACGUUCAGAGCAGACGAGUGGAUGCUGUACGAGUGUGAAAGCCCCUGGUCAGGAGGCAGCAGAGGCUUCGUCCAGGGCCGCUUGUGGAGACAGGAUGGAGUUCUGGCAGCUUCCUGCGCACAAGAGGGAGUGAUACGAGUCAAGGAGGUGUCGCAGAGUAAAUUAUAGAGAAAUACUAAUAUACAUCUACUAUACCCUGAGAUGCCUUACAAUAGGUGCCAGACUGACUAGUUAAUGCUAAUUAAUAUAUACAUUACUAAUAUGAACAAACAAUGAACAAUAUGCAAUAUUUAUCACAGUGUUUGUUAACCUUUGAUAAUGAAAAUACAGCUAUUUAUUAUUAGUUCCUGUUAGCUCUUAAUGCAUUAACUAAUGUUAACAAGCACAGCUGUGGAUCCUAAUAAUGCAUUAGUAGAUGUUGAACUGUGAUUAAUAAAUGCUGUAUGGGUAUUGUUCAUUCUUAGUUCAUGUUAGUAAAUACAUAUAAAUACAAAUGAAGUAUUUAAUAUAAUUAUGUUUGCUGGUGCUGUAAUGUAAUUGCAGUUGAAGUUCUGUCCAACAAAAAAACUUGACUGUAAUAUUGCAAAUUGUAUAAGUGGUCCACUUUAUAAGCAGGCACUUUAUUGAUAAUUUAUUAAGUAACACUGGAAUCUGUGGAUGUGUUGAACAAGACUAAAAAAC